ACGGUACGAGCGGAAGCCAUGUUUGUUGUUCCUCCUUCUGCCACUUCGGAGUUCGGUACGUUCAGGGUCUGAACGUUCAAGAACUCCGUCUGCAUGUCUUUAACAAUAUCGCCACUAAAUAUUCUCUACCACCCCCCGAAUGCAGAUUAACAGGUAUGCCAAAGGAAAAAUAUGAUUCCCCGGAUCCUCGCCGAUUAUACACCAUCAUGUCAGCUGAGGAGUUAGCCAACGGGAAGAAGUCGCACUGGGCCGAGCUGGAGAUAUCAGGUCGGGUCAGAAGUCUGAGCAGUUCUCUGUGGACCCUCACCCACCUGACGGCUCUACACAUCAACGACAACAAUCUGAGUCGCAUCCCGCCCGACAUCGCCAAGCUGCCACACCUGGCCUACCUGAACCUGUCGUCCAACAAGCUCCGCAGCUUGCCCGCCGAACUCGGAAACAUGGCGUCUCUCAGGGAGUUGCUUUUAAACAACAAUCUUUUGCGAGUUCUACCUUACGAACUCGGGCGGCUGUUCCAGUUACAAACCCUGGGGCUAAAAGGUAACCCUUUGUCCCAAGACAUCCUCAACCUGUACCAGGAAUCAGACGGAACCAGAAAGCUCUUGAACUACAUGCUUGACAAUCUAGCAGUGCACCCAGAACAGCUUCCCCAGAGACCUUGGAUCACCUUGAAGGAGCGAGACCCAAUGACCCCUACAGCCAUGUUCACAGUGAUGUGUUACAAUGUGCUGUGUGACAAGUACGCCACCCGUCAGCUGUACGGCUACUGCCCCUCCUGGGCCCUCAACUGGGAGUACAGGAAGAAGGGCAUCAUGGAGGAGAUCACACACUGUGACGCUGACAUCAUCAGUCUACAGGAGGUGGAGACGGAGCAGUACUACGCCCUCUUCCUGGAGACUCUAAAAGACCAUGGGUACGACGGGUACUUCUGCCCAAAGUCUCGUGCCAAACUGGUCUCGGAACAGGAGAGGAAGCACGUGGACGGAUGUGCUGUGUUCUUCAAGACUGAGAAAUUUACUCUGGUGCAGAAACACACGGUGGAAUUCAACCAGGUUGCCAUGGCAAACUCUGAAGGUUCAGAGGUCAUGUUGAACAGGGUCAUGACCAAGGACAACAUCGGGGUCGCUGUCCUGCUGGAGGUCAACAAGGACAUGUUCUCUGGUGGCAUGAAGCCUCUGCAGGAGACACAGUUCCUUCUGGUGGCUAACGCCCACAUGCACUGGGACCCGGAGUUCUGUGACGUCAAGCUCAUCCAGACCAUGAUGUUCCUGUCUGAGCUGAAGAGCAUCACAGAGAGGGCGCUGAGCUCCGUGGCAACAGGCUCCCCGACCUCCGACCCCGCCUCCAUCCCUAUUGUUCUCUGUGCUGACCUCAACUCCCUGCCAGACUCUGGUGUAGUGGAGUACCUGAGUAACGGCGGCGUAGCAGAGAACCAUAAGGACUUCAGAGAGCUACGCUACAACGAAGCGCUCAGCAACUUCAGCUGCCAGGGGAAGAACGGCCCUUCUGACGGCAGCAUCACACACAGCUUCCAGCUGAAGAGCGCCUACCAGGGCAGCCUCAUGUCUUACACCAACUAUACGUAUGACUUCAAGGGCGUGAUCGACUACAUCUUCUUCUCCAAGACUCACAUGUCUGUAGCCGGCUUGCUCGGUCCCCUGGAGUCUCAGUGGUUAACGGACAACAACAUCACCGGCUGUCCCCACCCCCACAUCCCCUCUGACCACUUCUCUCUGCUCGCUCAGCUGGAGCUCCACCCGCCCGUCGUCACCUCCCUCAACGGCCUGCACCUGCCCGUCCACAGGUAGUGGGGCCCCAACAUCUCACCCGUGACCCUUGACCUUUGAACCCCUAAUGCCCCGCCCCAUCUCUGCCGAACAAACAAACCCAGACAGGCCAUCCCCCAAAGGAGUAUUCACCCCUUCUGCUCCUCUUUUAACCUCCAUUUUGCACACUGAUUGGAUUUCUGUUUGUUUUGUUUGUUGUCUUUCUUUGUCCACAUGAACGGCUUGAUACCAAAUUAGGGUUGGGAUUUGUGUUUUGUGUUGUUUUCUGGUCACAUCACAUACCGCUGCUCUUCUCCUUGGAAACUCCCCAAAGUGCGUCCGAAAUAGCACCCUAUUCCCUAUAUAGUGCACUACUUUUGACCAGGGCCCUAUGUGGGUCUUGGUCUAAAGUAGUGCACGAUAUGGGGAAUAGGGUUCCAUUUGGGAGGGAGCCCCAAGUUCAGGUCAUCCUGAUCUGAUGUCAGUGUUUUUUGCCUUAAACCUGGUUUGGAUGGGGGCGUCUUUUUGUCACAUAACCUUCUACAGUAACAAUGACAGCCGACAUCUGAAUUCUCUCCGUUCGAUUUUGAGGUACCCAAUCCUCAAGACAACUACUUUAACAUAUUUUACAAAUAUGACAUUCAAAGUUCUACUGAAUUGUAUUUUAUGAUCAUGUUAAGUCCUAUCAUUUCAACAUAAAUGUUACCCCAAAA